CAAGCGAAGGUAUGUGCGCGUUUCCUUCGUCGCCCUAUAAAACAGAGCAGUGCAGCAAAUUGACGCCGUUAUUCUUCUCCGUCGCCGCGGCCAGUUCAAAUGUCUCGGUCGAUCUCCGAGGCCGUCGCCCUUUUUCGCUCUCAUCUCCAGCAACGCAGAUUUGACGGCACAACGCUUCGUAUUUUGGAGUCGAUUCUGGUUGCGCGCGAUGUUGAAUCUCUUCUCGUGAGUAGAGCGGCUCUGCGGGGCCUUCUGCUAUCCGAAGCAUCGUCGGUGAUGGGAGGAGCCUCGGGCAUGACCGUGGAGAAGAAGCUCAGGAUCGUUCAGUUCUUCGUUGGAGCUUUUGCUCUCAUCGGCGAUGGUGAAAGUUGCUUAGCACUAAAAUAUGAAGCCUUGAUCUUGCGAGAAUCAAAUUGUGUUAAAGUUCAAGGUCUAGAAGUUUCAUAUGAUGAAUGGUUAACUUUCGCUAAGGAUUCACUUGAUAAUGGAUUUUAUCCAAUUGCCAUACAGGGUUUUGAAAAGGCCCUUCAAUGUAUCCAGGGUAACAAGAUUGAACAUAGAGAAGACGAUGACCCAAGAAGGGAUCGCAACCAUUUGCGGCCGGAUCGCGGCCACGAUUCGACCGCAAAUAUGAGUGACACAUCCCCUGGACCACAAAAAGUGGUCCAGGAGAUCCUGCCUCCUCAAUCUCCAACAAUCCAGACUCAGACUGCAAAAUACUUGAAAAGUAAAGGUAGACAGGAAGGUCAAGUAUCCAGUUCAUUGUCAGAUCCCAAAGUUGACAUUGCUAGUUCAACAUUCAGAUGUGGUAUAAACAAAAGAAACUUGCAAAUGCUGCAGAGAAGUAGAGGCCUGCAGUAGGAAAUUGGUGGGCUCUUGAAUUCUGAGAUUGAACACUGCUGUUAUCGAUCAACUCAACAUUUCGCAGAUGAUUCCUGUUUAGUUUUCGUCCAAGUAGACUAAACCUCUGAAAAUGAGGUCAUAUAAUAUAAUCAAUAUUCAUGCAGUUUAGUUUAAGCACCACAGUGUCGAGGCCAGAUGCCUCUGCCACCGUGAUGAUGAUGGUGGUGAACUCUUCAGAAUGCAAACUACUAGCAACUAAGAGCAUCCACAAUAACUUGGGAUAUUUCUCCCAAGUAUUU